GCGUUGGUUCUUCUCGUUCGUAUAUUUUUAUAGCACUGUGCAAAUUAAUUUUUUUGUGAAGGUGUCAAAUCAGUCUUUGUUUUGUAUUAGGAAAUACAAAUUUGGUAUUAUGUACUAAGAAAAAUAUUGACAAGUUGAAGUGUAUGUGAAAUUAUCAAAAGUGCAACGCAGUUUGACGCUUGUGUAACAUCGGCUACUUUUAAAAGUUCGAAAUGCUGAUAUAGUGAUUGAAAAUGAUAUAGAAAAUGCAUUAGUCUUUUAAAUUAAUCCACUGAUAUCUGCGAUACAAAAUGAAAUAGGAAUAUUCAAGCCGAACUAAUCGUUAGUGUGGUCGGCGUCAUAUACCAAUCUUUAAACGAACAGACAGAAAAUAUAUUGAAGAAUAGUGUGUUUACGAAGCAACGUAAACGAAAGUUAUAAAAAUUGUAGCAAAAAAAGAAAACAUAUAUGCAUAUUUAAAUGAGAAAUUCUAUAAGUGAACUAGAGUAAAAAAAAAACAACAUAAUGCAUUGCGACAACACGAAAACAUCAUCGGAAAUCGAGCAUGUCGACUGGAGCACUGGCACCGGAUCAGGACAUCACUAUGCUGUCAGAUUUGGUUCGGGGAGUAGUCAGGCAUCUCAGAGCAGUGGGGAUAUUUGUCGCAUCUGCCACUGUGAGAGUGAUCCACAAAAUCCUUUGCUGACACCUUGCUAUUGUGCGGGUAGCUUAAAAUACGUACACCAGGCGUGUCUCCAGCAAUGGUUAACUGCAUCGGAAACGAAUGCUUGUGAAUUAUGCAAAUUUCCAUUCAUAAUGCAUACGAAAAUUAAGCCAUUCAAUGAGUGGCGUAGCCUUGAUAUUUCUGGAAUUGAACGAAGACGCCUCUGUUGUUCGGUAUUGUUCCAUUGUGCGGCGGCUUUAUGCGUUAUUUGGUCACUUUGUGUGUUGAUCGAACGUGCCGCCGAUGAUGUGAAACGUGGACUGAUUGAUUGGCCUUUCUGGACGAAAUUGGCCGUUGUAACGGUAGGCCUCACCGGAGGCGUUGUAUUCAUGUAUAUUCAAUGCAAGGCUUACCUACAUUUAUGUCAUCGUUGGAAGGCCAGGAACAGAAUUCUCCUCAUUCAAAAUGCUCCAGAAAAAGUGCAUCCUUUAUCGCCCCCAUCGCCUGCGGCCACGCAUCGCACUCGACAUGAAGGGUCUAGCGAAUCACACCCAUGCAGCACAAAUGCACAACCGACUGGAGUUGACGGACCAAAUGUCGAAAUAGUCCCUAAUGGUGCUUCUGCCCCAAAUGGCUACAACUAUGCCUCCACCGUUGGCACUGGUAGUAUUUCUGGCAGUUUGGACAUAGAGGGAGCGACGGCUCUUCAUCAGCAUCCCCUUCAUCACUAUCAUCUUCCAGCCGAUCAGCGCCGUCUUCAACAAAGAGAUGAUCUUGAUUCGGACGUUCUGCCCGCAGCUCAUCAUCACCAUUUGACGCCGCAACAACAAGUGGGGCAAGUGGCGGUAGCGGCGAAUAUUGAAUGCGCUCAGCUGCAAAGUAAUUAUGAACGCGAUUGGGCGUUGGAUGAUGUUGUCUCGCAAAUCUCGUCUUUCCGCCCAUGUCCACAGGGUUCGGGUAGCAUGACGCCUUUCCAUGAUUCAAUUCACAAUGUACUCGAACAUUCGGAGAAUUCAAGUCGUGGCUCGGUAAAUGAUGUUUGUGGUGGUUCGAGGCAAGAUCUUAGCACUGGCGGAAUUUCUACAGAUACGGGUCGUGAGCAUGCGCUUCAACUGAGUAGUUUUAGUGGUAGUGGUGAUCAAAAAGCGCCUUCUAUUAGUUCUGGCGUUUCAAACGCUGUGGCCAAUGGUUUGGGUGGUUUCGCCUAUAAGCCACACACCAAACGCUACUCUAAUUCAUCGAUUUUUAUAGAGAACCGCAACAUCCUCAAUGACUCAGUGGGUUUGAGCAUGGAGUCUUCGGAGGAUUAUCCUGCCACUGAGAGCUACCGACAUUCUAGCACGGUAACACCGCCUAGCGCAACAGAUGUCGAAGCUGAAAGUGAGCAGCUCGAUCAAUUGCUAGGAAAAGACCUGCGCCGCUAUUCAGAUACAAAACUGGUAAUCGGCCCAGACAGCGGUCCGAUGUUGGGCCCAGGAGUUAACGAUGUCUUGCUACCAUCAGCAGUGCCCAUAGAUCCGUCGUACACAACAGUAGCAGCAGGCUGCAGUAAAGAUUUACGCCAACUUUUAAAACAGCACUCCGCUAGUGCGACAGAUACUAUUUUGGAUAUGGAAUUGCCAACAUCACCACUAUCACCACCAGCUGCAUAUGCGGGACGAAUGGCAAUGCCAACAUCGCGUCAAACACAAGCGUCACUGCGUCGAUCAUUGCAUACAGUAGAUGAGUUAGGAGCGAGUCUUGUUGCAAAAGAGCCAUUGAACAGAAGAGCUAUGCCCAGCACAGCUGUAGCGGUAGGAAUAGGGAGGUCACGACAACAGUCCUCAUCGAAACCAAUGUUUAAAUCUUUGCCAAAUUUAAGUGGCAGUUGCGAAAAUCUGCUCAGAAAAUGAGCACUAAGUUCAAUUCUGUCGAACUUUACAAAGUCCAAUUCUUAAAUGAAGAAUGCAUUAAAAUAUAAUGAAAUGUACUGAGUUGACGCUCUCUAAGUUGUUAGGAUCGCACAUAUCCGUUUUUUUGUGCGACAAACAAAAACAAAUAUAUAUAUAUACAUAUAUAUAUAUUUGCGUCCAAUAUUUAUUCACACUUAAUGAGUUUUUAGACACUCCCACUAAGGCAUGUGUGGGCCUUUUGAAUUUUCGCUUGUCAGACGAACGCGAUCAGACUGUUACGAGUAAGUUGUAGCAAGUAAAAUACGACGAUACAAAUGUAUCGCUAGUAAAAGCCAUGGAAAAUAUGAAAGAUGGUUUGAUUUUAGACUUACGCGCACUUAACAGGGUAAAUCCAAUAUUUGGUAUUUACUAUUAUAAAUUUAGCAUUAUUGUUGAAUUUGAAAUUGAAUUUGGUUAUUUAAAUGCGUUGGCCACCAGAAAUGAUUCGUUUUGACAAACCAAACGAAAAAUUUGAAAUUUUGUACUUCAUAACAUGAUACAUACGCGUAUGAUUAUUAUAUUUGCCUUUGUUAGACGUUUGGCCGAGUGAAGUCCUUUGAAUUCUUCAUGUGUAAUAGUAAAAGUACAAUAGUUAUUUAUUGGCUCACUCCUGUUAAGAUUUAGGUAAAAAAAUGUAUUGGAUUUGAAAUUGUAUUCGAUUUGAAAAAUAUUAAUUUGUAUUUUCAAACUAAAUUAUUAUUAUUACUAAAAACUAUUUCUAUGCACACAUUUAAGAUCAAUUCCUGAGAGUUUCAUUUGAAAGAACAUCAGAAAAAAACAUAAGAUCCGUGUCACAAACAUACAUUUUUCCUAAUCAAAUUAUGCUCUAAAUUAUUGAAUAUUGAAAUAUUGAAUGAACGAAAUGCUCUAAUAUGCUCCAAGCUGUGCAAAAUUAAAAACGCGAAUGAUCAGCAAUGUGCCAAAAACUUUGUCUGUAUUCACACCUAGAUCGGUAGUGUUGUUGAGUUAAAUAUCGCUCUUCGUUUUUUUUUUUUUUUUU